UUUCUCUAUACUAAUUCAGUAGUUAACGAUCAGUCGUUGAGAGAGGCUGUUCAGGCUCAAUUGAAACAUGUCUUCAAGUGAAUCAACUCAAUUCUCGCCUUGGUUGAUACCAGACUUUGUGCAAAAAAUAUUGAGGGAAUCGGAAAAUGACGAGAGCAUAAAAGUACAGAGUGUUACGUCCAAACCAGCUGUGGCAGGUGGUGAUAAUUAUAUGAGCGAUAUUUCACGAGUGCACAUCGAUUUCACGCGGAGUCAGACGAACCAUGAAGCAACUGAGAGUAAAACUUUGAUAUUCAAAGUUUCCUUCAGUAAAGACAGCCCCGCCGGUGAAAUGGGUAAAGAAUGCGAAGUCUUCGAGACAGAAAUCGAAAUGAUGAAAAACACUCUGGAAAAAAUGAACAAAAGUCUCAAUGAGAAGGAUUAUCGUUUGAGUCCUCGAGCUUAUUAUACACAAAUCGGUGACCCCUCUUUUUUGGUAGUGGAAGAUUUAGCAGCUCGAGGUUUUCGUAUGGCCAAUCGACGUCUCGGCCUCGAUCUCGAUCACUGCUUGCUCGUCAUGAGAGGAUUGGCCAAAUUCCAUGCCAGCUCUGUAGCUAUUUACGAAAAGGAUCCAACGUGCAUAAGAAAUUAUCAAAAAGGAAUUUAUUACAAAGACUGCUCCCCGAAAAUAAGAGCAUUUGUUGCCGAGGCGUUCAAGUCCUUGAGUACGGAAGUGAAAAACUGGCCAGAGCUUGAUUCCAGUUAUUCAGAUAAAAUAUUGAACUUGAUGGAAGUAUGUUACGACAAGGGUAUAGAAUGCUCUCAAACAAUGGAAAGCGAAUUCAAAGUAAUCAAUCACGGUGAUACCUGGGUGAACAAUUUAAUGUUUCGAGACGACAAGGAUGGAAAAGUCGUUGAUCAAAUUUUCCUCGAUUUCCAAAUCCCCGCCUGGAGUUCUCCGGCGUACGAUUUACAGUAUUUUUUAAACACGAGUACAAACGACGACGUCCAAAUCCAUCAUUACGACAAACUCAUUACCGAGUACUCGAAAACACUGUGCCAAACCAUGUCGAGAAUGAAUUGCAAGACGAAGCCACCAACUUUGGACUGGAUCAGAGAGUGUUUGAGCAAACGUGAAUUCCUCGCCAUAUUAGCUUCAGUUUUGUGUUUGCCUUUUGUCGUCCUUGACAAAGAUAAAGUUGUAAGUUUAUCGGACAUGCUCAAACCCGAGGGUACGGGCAGCAGCCCUGGAUUCAAAGAUGAACGCUACCGUAGGAUAAUGACGAGACGAUUGAAGUAUUGGAACUCGCGAGGAUUGCUCGACGCUUGAAUGACGGACGAUACAAAUCAAAUUCCACCUCGUAUAGUUUUUCAACUGUGCUUGAAAAAUUCGAGAUAAAAAAUCAUCUCUGAUGACACAUUAUUAACCUACAAUACUUUACUCUUAUCUACUUCUAAGCUACGAUGUGUUUGAUGCUUUUUUUCUUGGUGUUAUCGGAGUAGGAAACGCUCAGCGAAGUGGUUCGCAUCUUGCACGUAUGGUUAUGCAAUCGAAACAGUUGUAAGUUGAAUAAAAAUGAUGAAUUGAUGA